AUGAGGACUCUCUGGAGGACAGCCGAGCACCUCGUCAGGACGGGGUGCAGAUUCUGGCACUUGGGGCUCUGCAAAGCUCUUGUCCCACUGCAGGCUGCCUGGGUUGCCUUCUCUCAGCCCGUUCCAACCAGCCGUGGCCAGCUGUUGACCCAGCUCCUCCUGUGUGGUUCCCUGGCUGCCGCUGCUGUAGGUCUAGCCCACCAAUGGCUGACGUCCUCGCUGCUUUAUCCUCUGGGGCCUUCGGCCAUAGUGGCCACUGUCUGUGGCCUCCUGGUCUUCCUGGGCCUGGGCCUGGUGCCUCCAGCUCGUUGCCUGUUUGCAGUCAGCGUGCCCACCCUGGGCACAGAGCAGGGCCGUCGCCUGCUCCUGUCCUGGAGUACUGCCACCCUGGCUGUCACUGUGGUGCCCAAUGUCUUGGCCAAUGUGGGCGCAGUGGGACAGGUGCUGAGGUGUGUCACUGAGGGCUCCCUGGAGAGUCUGCUCAACACCACACACCAGCUGCACACAGCAUCCAGGACUCUGGGUCCCACUGGCCAAGGCCUGACACUCCAGGCCCAGGGCAAUGGCUCCGUCUUCCGGCUUCACAUGCUCCAGGUCACUCAGCAGGUCCUGGAGGACUUCUCUGGCCUGGAGUCUCUGGCCCGGGCAGCAGCUCUGGGGACCCAGCGGGUGGUCACAGGGCUCUUUAUGCUCGGCCUCCUGGUGGACUCAGCCCGGUACCUCCAUUGCUACCUGACUGACCUGCGGUUUGACAAUAUCUAUGCUACAGAGCAGUUGGCUCAGCGGCUGGAAGAGGCCCAGGCCGCACACCUGUUGGUGUCCCCACCAGCCUGGCUGCUGCGGGCCACUUGGCCACGGCUGUCCCAGAGGGAGCUGCUGAGCUGUUUACUAAGGCUGGGGCCACUCACCCUGCUCCUGAUGGCCACAGCUGUGACAGUGGCCACAGAUCACAUAGCCUUCCUCCUGGCACGGGCCACCGUGGACUGGGCUCAGAAGCUGCCUGCUGUGCCCAUUACACUCAUGGUCAAGUAUGAUGCUGCAUACACCGUCCUGGGCUUCAUCCCCUUCCUCUUCAACCAGCCGCCUCGAGAGAGCCCCUUCCUCUCAGCCCACAACUCCUUCCAGUGGGAGCUCCGCUUCACCUCGCCCGGCUGCCCCCUGCUGCCCGCCCAGCCCCCGCACACGGCCGCCCCCCUGGCCGCGGGGGUCCUGCAGCUCCUGGCGUGCUCCACGGUCCUGCUGGAGGCCUACGCCCGUAGACUGCGACACACCAUCGCAGCUUCCUUCUUCAAGGCCCAGGAGGCAAGAAGGGUCCGCCACCUUCAUGCCCGGCUCCAGCGGAGCUACGACAGGAGCCAAGGCCAGCAGCUGCUCCUGUGGACUCCUUCGUGA